CAUCUUGUGUCUCAUGGGGCUGUGCUAUAUUAGCAAGAGCAUUAUUUAGAUAUGUUCUUGUUCAUCUAAUUGGAGUGUUGCAUGUAAUUUUUAUGGAUUGAGUUACUAGUUUAUCACAUGUUCUGACCGUGGUCUGUAACUAUCCUUAUGCACACGUUUACACUGUUUCAGAUAAUAAAUGUGUACAAUCAAGAAUAUGAGAGUGCAGCAGCAGUUUGGCCAAGUGUUCAUGGACGUAUAAUCACAGCAUUGAUCAUAUCACAGCUCCUCCUUGGAUUGCUUAGCACAAAAGGCGCUGGCCAGUCAACUCCGGUGCUCCUUCUUCUUCCAGUUGUAACCUUUUAUUUCCACAAGUAUUGCAAGAAUCGCUAUGAACCUACUUUUGUGAAAUGCCCGUUACAGGAGGCAAUGAAGAAGGAUACCCUAGAACGUGCAAGAGAGCCAGGAUUUGAUCUCAAAGGAUAUCUGAUGAAUGCCUACAUCCACCCAGCUUUUAAAGGUGACGACGACGAUGAGAAGUUCUCAAUUGCCGAUGAACCAGAGGCAGAGCAAGUCCUGGUGGCAACCAAGCGGCAAUCUAGGAGGAACACCCCUGUCCCUAGUAAAUACAAUGGCUCGGAUUCACCUUCUCUGCCUGAAAUUGUAAAUGAUCAGCGGCUGUAGAAAGUUCUGCAGUUUUCCAUUGUAUAUUAAGUGAAGGGCACAAUAAUGCUUUUGAGUACCUCUAGUUUAUACAAAUAAGGAGUAAUGGCCAAUAUAUAUUUUUGCAUGUAUGGUUCUUUUGCCUGGUGUGUUCUACCUAUUCCCGUGAAUUCUUCACUCGUGAAGUUGUUGCUGGGAUAUAGGAUGCAACUGAAAUUCGGAUACUCUAUUGUUUCUGAGGACGGUUCAGUUUAGUUUGCUCCAUGGAUGUUGCUGUCCUUUCGCACCA